AUGACUUUGUCUACCAAGCGUACGUUUGUGUUCUACUGUCAACAACAACUUUUGACGUUUGUUUGUUUACAUUGUAGCUUCAACCAGGAUUUCGGUCCCCUUAAUCUUGGUAUGCUGUACCUCUACUGUAAAAAAGUCAACACUAUAUUCAAGAAGAGACACACCAUAAUUCACCUCACUAGUAUUGAGAAAGAGAAGCGCGCUAACGCAGCCUUCCUUAUUGGCUGCUACUGCAUCCUCUAUCAUCAAAUGCAGCCAGCGGAAGUGGCGGCAAAACUCAAGGAACUAUCAACCAGCUACCUCGCUUAUAAAAAUUUCGCACCCUUUGUCCAUGCAGGGUUUGACGCGUGUCGGUACCUCCUGCAACUUGAAGACUGCUUUUCGGCAAUUCAAAAGGCGUACAACUGCAAGUUUCUCGACUUUAGUACCUUCAAUGUGAAGGACUACCAGUUUUACGAAAAGGUUGAAAAUGGAGAUCUCAACUGGAUCGUGCCCAACAAGUUUAUCGCCUUUUGUGAUCCACAAACCUACUCAAAUUCUAGUUCGUCCAACUCAAUUGACUUUUAUGUGAGCUACUUCAGGGCGCACAAUGUCACCACAAUUAUUAGGCUGAACAAGAGCUCCUACGAUGCGAAGCGAUUCACAGAGAAAGGCUUCAAACACCGAGAUUUAAUCUUCUUGGACGGAAGUGCACCCAGCGACUACCUCAUGAAUGAAUUUCUGAACAUUUGUGAAUCUACACCUGGUGCAAUUGCAGUUCACUGCAAAGCUGGUUUGGGCCGCACCGGCACUCUGAUUGCCUGCUACAUCAUAAAGCACUAUCGCUUCACGGCUCAAGAAGCUACCGCAUGGACGAGAAUUUGUCGUCCAGGAUCGAUUAUUGGAUAUCAGCAACGGUGGCUGGAAAGAAAGCAAAGUCUGCUGUGGAGCCUAGGCGAUCAGCUUUACGGCACUACUACUGGCGAAGUGCCGAAUGGAAACAUAUGUCACGAGGAUGGCGUCAAUAAUAACAAUAUGGAAAUUAGCAUUGUGAAAUGUCGCAUUUCCAGCACUGCAAGCAAAGACUAUGCCACUGAUUUGGUGAACGCUAACCAAACAACCACCACCACCACCUCCACCACCACCGAUAACAGGCUAGACAAGCUCAUUGCGGAGAUUGACAGUAUCAACUUUGACGAAGUCGUCAGCAGCAGUACCAGACAGCAGACUACUCGCUACAACACUGGGCGCACCGGCUCUCAUUCGGGCUUCACUCAGGGAGACUAUCUCAAUGAAAUCAAGCUUAAUCGAAAGAAGAACCAACAAACAGGUGGUGGCGGGUGUCAGGGAAAGGGUGGCUGCGGCGCCGGUGGCGUCAGCCCCACCCCCACUGCCACCAGCACCACCAUAGUGAGCAUUAGCAGACCGGUGACACGACACAUGGCCGCCGUCACGCCCUCGUCACUGCCUCGCAUAAUCAAACUGGACCCAAACAACAAUGUUUCGACCAGUGCCGAGGCAACAAAGACUACUGGCAGUGCUUCAGCAGUGGACAACUUGAAAGUCUACGGAAAGAAGAU